UGUCAGCGUUGUUCUGACAUUCGCAGUGUGACAAAUACCGUCGCUGGCGAUGCACGUACGUUCGUGCAGAAGAAAAUUGGCGCGAACCUUUAUAUCGUUGUAUAUAAACAAUUAACAUAGAAGUGAUUUUAUAUUAUAAAUAUUGUGAUGACCGAGACAUUAAAAUAUACGAUUCGAAUAAUUGUUGUGACGACAUUGUAUUAUACUUUAAUCAAUGUAUUUAAAGAAAUCAAACGUUAUAUGACUGUACAAUUGACGGGGACACGAUAAUAUUGGAUUAUACAAAAGCUGUAAGUUCGGUAUUCAAAAUGGCGGACGCAGAUCUUCUUAAUUUCACAGAUGACAUAACUUCGAAUGUACAACAGAGCGAACUCUCUAAGUUUUCUCCAGCACUACUUACGUUCGCGGCGGUCAUCGCUGGAAUUAUAAUGGUCGUCGGCCUAUUCGGUAACCUCCUCACAGUGGUAGCACUUCUAAAAUGUCCUAAAGUGAGAAACGUGGCUGCUGCAUUUAUUAUAAGCUUAUGCAUAGCCGAUUUUCUAUUCUGUGCCGUGGUGCUUCCGUUCGCCAUAUCAGGUUUCUGGACCAGGACCUGGUCCCAUGGGGGAGCUCUAUGUAAGCUGGUACCGUUCCUACGGUACGGGAACGUGGGAGUAUCUCUAUUGAGUAUAGCACUCAUUACCUUGAAUAGGUACAUAAUGAUUGCUCAUCACAGCUGGUACGCGCGUGUGUACCGAAAACACAACAUAGCUCUCAUGAUCGUGUUCUCGUGGAUGUUUUCGUACGGGAUGCAGAUACCAACACUUCUUGGAGUCUGGGGUAAAUUCGACUACGAUCCGGAAUUAGGCACGUGUUCAAUAGUGCCGGACGAUAACGGUCACUCUGCGAAGACAGCUCUCUUCGUCAUCGCCUUCAUUGUACCUGCGCUACUGAUCUUCAUUUGUUACGCACGAAUAUUUUGGGUGGUCCACAGCUCAGAACAAAGAAUGCGUGAACAUCAACGUUCCCAACACACAAACCCCGGAACCCUGAACAACGGCAGUGACAAACGGUCAACGAUAAAGGACACGAGAGAGACGAAAGCGCGCCGUAACGAGUGGAGGAUAACGAAGAUGGUACUCGCAAUCUUCUUGUCCUUCCUCGUCUGCUAUCUGCCCAUCACUAUCGCCAAAGUCGCCGAUAGCCACGUACAUUACCCAGUGUUCCACAUCGCUGGAUACCUGCUGCUGUACGCGAGCGCAUGCGUGAACCCGAUCAUCUACGUGAUAAUGAACGCGCAAUAUCGCGCGGCGUACGCGGCGGCGCUGUGCUGCCCACUGUCGCGCUUGUCCGGCCUCACCAGCGAGAAAUGGAACGAGCGUCACGGAUACAGCUUCAGCAACACGCGAACGGUUCUAAGCCAAGUGUCGCUGGGGGAGUCGAGAGCCGACCCUCGGGCAUCUCUGCCUACCGGAAGAUAGAACAGCCAGGGUCGCGAAAUAUGAACUCUGCAAGGUCAACAGGGAGUCUACCGAGUAUAGGGCAUAGAAACGAGACGGUUACCAGCGGGCUUGGAUCACACAACAUGAAAAUCACGAGAUUCGAAUUGGACCAAUAUGACACCUGAUGGUCGCUCUUUAUCACGACUUACCAAAGAUUUUUAAUUAAAAUUGCACAUGAGUGAGAUUAUUAUAGCAUUAUAUCCUCCAUCCUUAAAAUGACGUGAUUUAAAAGACAUUUUAUUAAAAUUAUUUAUAAUUUUUAAUUAGCAACCCAUCCGUCCUGCUAAGGAGCGACACUUAGGCACUUUAACUAACCGUAAAUAUGUAUAGAGUUAAGUGUUAUUGAUAGUUGUAGUAAAUUUAUUAUUUAUAUUUUUAAUUAAAAUUUAGACACAUUUUCAGUAUAUUGACUAUUUUUGAAAGGUGCUCGAAAUAUUUGUUUUCGUUGUAGGUACACGGUCAUCUGUAUUAAAUAUUAUUCAAGUUACAAAAAAAAUGUAACUAUUGUACACCUAAGAUACAUUCCAAAAUAUAAUGUAUACCUCGAAUAAAAACCAACACAUUCCAAUAUAUUAAAUAUUUUGGAUUAAAUUAAUUUUAAAUAAUACGUAUUGACCAAAGAUUUUAUAUUUUCUUGGAUGUUGCCAGUUGUAUUUUUUUAAAUUAAAUCAACACUUCAAUGAAUGGAUAAAAUUUAAGAUAUUUGUUAUUGUAUUUAAUAGACGCUCAUUAUAAGUUUAAGUAUCGUGACAAAAACAAAAUAUCUUUGAAGCAAUAUUUUAUUUAUUAUGGAGUACUUCAUGAACAAAUAUCAGUAUUGUUGAACAUAAUUAUAAUUAUUUUCUACUUAAGUUUUAAUUUUUUUCUAAUGUAACUAAUAUUAUUUUGACAAACAUAUGUACCACAAUGCCAUAUUAAAUCUUAAGAAUAAUAAUUUGACACAAUGAAAUAUCUAGUUAAUUUAAUUUAGACAAUACUAUUUAUUUUGUUUUUCAUUGUCAAUUAUUAC